UCUAAUUACUCUUUCCAAAAAGAUACGUAUUCUUUGCACAAAUAUAAAAAUCUAUUAAAACCAUUUUUAAUUGUGGCAUGUGAUGGUUACAUAUUAGAUUGUUUCGGUCCAUACAAGGCUACCACAUCUGAUGCUGACAUAAUGAUUUCCCUUUUUGACAAUGAAAACUCUCCUCUUAGAUUAUAUUUUCAAGAAAAUGAUGUGUUUAUAUUGGAUAGGGGUUUCAGAGAUUGUAUAAGAAUGCUAGAAAGUUGUAAUUAUCGACCAUAUAUGCCUGAUUCUCUAUUAGAAGGCGAACACCAAUUAACAACACAACAGGCCAACCGGAGUCGUUGUGUAACAUUAUGCCGCUGGGUAGUUGAGGCAGUAAAUGGACAUUUAAAAAGAGAUUUUAAGCUCCUGAGGCAAGACUAUUUUAAUAAAUCUGUGCCAAAUAUGAUGCAGAACUUUCAGAUAGCUGCCAGUCUCCUUAACCGAUUUGGUGUUCGUUUUCGUGAUAGAGAUGAUUCUAAUGAAAUAGUCGCAAUAAUUAGAGAGAGAAUUAAUUUUGAAAAUAAUUUAGCACUCUUGAUUGAGGAAUUAAAUAUGAAUAGAAGGUUUGCUGUUUUUCAGAGUAUAACAGCUGACCGAGAUAAUUUAUUUAUGUUUCCUAGAUUAAGUUACAAUGAUUUAGUACUAUUUGGUCUAGGUACUUACCAGAUAAGGCAAGCCAGAUCGUAUUAUGGGGAACAUAUUCGAUUUCAUGGAUCAUAUAUAAUAGAAAUAUGUAGAGACACACAAGACUUUUCUCAGUAUAAUCUGAGAGGAAGUGGUGAUAUAACAUUAAUAAGAGGAAAAAUUAAGUCCAGACACAUUUCAAAAAAACAAUAUUAUGUCUACAUUUUAAUAGAAAAUAAUGUGUCUGGCAGAGCUGGUAUAGUCGAAUACUAUUGUAAUUGUUUGGUUGGUCAACGAACCAUUGGAUGUUGCGCUUAUGUUAUGACAUUAGUGUGGUACCUUGGAUGGGCUAGAUAUGAAGAAAAUAUCUCUGCUCCAGCAGAAUUUCUGGAUGAUGUAUAUAUAAGAGAUUUUUAUGAAAAUGAUGAUACCUAAUAAACUUUAACAUUUA